GCUAAGUCUGUGUCUGACCAGUCAGUGUCAUUUUCACAUAACAGGCAUGGCAAGUAAACGAAAAUCAACAACACCAUGCAUGGUCUUAGCCAACGAGCAGGAUCCGGAUCUAGAAAUGGUAUCAGACUUGGAGGAAGGACCACCUGUACUCACGCCAGCAGAGAACCCUACAGCAGAGAGCGUAACAAGUGAUGAGGAUGUUGUUGAGUGUGUGGAUUCAGACAAUCAGAAAAAUACAAAUAAAGUAGAAGGUGGUUAUGAGUGUAAAUACUGUACUUUCCAAACUCCAGAUCUCAAUAUGUUUACUUUUCAUGUGGACUCAGAACAUCCCAAUGUAGUGUUAAAUUCAUCCUACGUUUGUGUAGAAUGCAAUUUCCUUACCAAAAGAUACGAUGCUCUCUCAGAACAUAAUUUGAAGUACCACCCUGAAGAGGAAGAUUUUAAAUUGACCAUGGUGAAACGUAAUAAUCAGACAAUCUUUGAACAAACUGUAAAUGAUCUCACUUUUGAUGGGAGUUUUUUUACAGAAGAAUACACUAUACGGGCCAACUUUUCUGAGCCCCCCUCAUCAGGGAUCUCAAUUAGCAAAACUCCUAUUAUGAAAAUGAUGAAAAACAAAACUGAAACUAAACGCAUUGCUGUUCCCCAUAAUGUAGUCGAUGACAUUUCUGGUGAAGAAAAGGGAACUGAAAAUGAGCCAAACUCUGAAGAAGUAGUAGAAAAUCCACCACCACCAGUUUCAGAGUCAAAAGCGAGCCAUUCGGUUGUUUGCACCACAGCAGACGUGGCUGGUGCGGUAGUGACUCCAGCACCAGUGCUUCAGCCAGGGGUAGCACAAGUUAUAACUGCUGUUGCAGCUCCACAGAACUCAACCCUGAUUCCAAAAGUCCUAAUACCUGUAAAUAGCAUUCCAGCCUAUAAUACUGCCUUGGAUAACAAUCCUCUUUUGCUUAACACCUACAACAAAUUUCCAUAUCCGACCAUGUCGGAAAUCACUGUGCUUUCCACUCAAGUUAAGUAUACAGAGGAGCAGAUUAAAAUCUGGUUUUCUGCACAGCGUCUGAAACAUGGUGUGAGCUGGACGCCGGAGGAAGUGGAGGAAGCAAGGAGGAAACAAUUUAAUGGCACGGUGCAUACUGUGCCACAGACAAUUACUGUUAUUCCAGCACACAUUUCUGCUGCUAGCAAUGGUUUACCUUCAAUUUUACAGACAUGCCAAAUAGUUGGUCAGCCGGGACUUGUUCUUACACAAGUUGCAGGUGCAAAUACGUUACCAGUAACAGCCCCAAUAGCUUUGACUGUAGCGGGAGUCCCAAACCAAACACAGUUACAGAAGAGUCAGAUUCACACUGCUCAGCCCGUUGCAGAAACCAAGCCAGUAGCUGCUGUUCCAGCCCCUCAGCCUAUCAAAAAUGAAUCCAUGCUGAUGAAUCCCGAUUCCUUUGGUAUCCGAGCAAAAAAAACUAAAGAGCAACUGGCAGAAUUGAAAGUCAGCUACCUUAAAAAUCAGUUUCCUCAAGAUUCAGAAAUUGUUAGACUUAUGAAAAUAACAGGCCUGACUAAAGGAGAGAUCAAGAAGUGGUUCAGUGAUACACGCUACAAUCAGAGAAACUCAAAGAAUAAUCAUGGGCUUCAUCUCAACAGUGAUUCAUGUGCCACCAUUGUUAUUGAUUCAAGCGACGAAAUGAAUGAGUCCCCAACGGGAGUCACUCCACAGACCAAGUCACUGUGGAGCACUUUUCCUGAUUUCACCCCACAGAAAUUCAAAGAAAAGACUGCUGAACAGCUGCAAGUCCUCCAAGCAAGUUUUCUUAACAACCCUAUCCUCACUGAGGAAGAAAUGAAUAGAUUAAGAGCCCAAACAAAACUGACCAGGAGAGAGAUUGAUGCCUGGUUUACAGAAAGAAGGAAAUCAAAUGUCUUGAAGGAAGAGAGAGCCGAAUUGAGUGAGAGCAAUGCUGGAAGCUCAAAAGAAGAGCCUGGAGAAACAUCUGUGGGAGAUGGAGCAGCAGGAGCAAAACCAGGGUGUUCCAGUUCAAGCAAAGUAGGCAAAAAAUCACCAGAGCAGUUGCAUAUGCUUAAAAGUUCUUUUGUCCGUACGCAGUGGCCAUCUCCACAAGAAUACAACAAGCUGGCAGAAGAAACUGGGCUCCCAAGAUCAGAAAUUGUGAGCUGGUUUGGAGAUACUCGCUAUGCCUGGAAAAAUGGUGGAUUGAAAUGGUACUAUUAUUACCAGAGCGCUGGUGCAAACAGUCUGAAUGGCCAGAGCUUUGCAAGAAAGAGAGGGAGAGGAAGACCAAAAGGGAGAGGGAGAGGUAGGCCUCGGGGUAGGCCUCGGGGAAGCAAGAGGUUUAAUUGCUGGGACAGAGGUAUGUCUGUCAUAAAAUUCAAAACUGGAACAGCAAUCCUGAAGGACUAUUAUAUGAAGCACAAAUUCCUUAAUGAGCAAGACCUUGAUGAACUGGUAGCCAAAUCUCACAUGGGAUACGAGCAGGUCAGGGAGUGGUUUGCAGAAAGGCAAAGAAGAUUAGAACUUGGAAUAGAGCUGUUUGAUGAUAAUGAGGAGGAAGAUGAAAUCCUGGAAGAACAGGAAGAUGAGGAAGAAACAGAUGAUAGUGAUACUUGGGAACCCCCCCGACAUGUUAAGCGUAAACUUUCAAAAUCGGAUUGACAUGCAAUUUGGGA